AUGGUGUCAUGCAAAGUAAUUAUAAGAGCAGAUGAAGUAAUAUCGGUGGAGAUAGGCUGGGUGAAGCUGGCCAACUUGGACAGCGAUGACGGUAGCAUUGGAUACGGUGAAGAUGUCUUGGAUGACUGUAUCGCCUGUAUUCAGUGUAUCUGCCAGUGUUACGUGCAGAACCUCGACUGGAACGCCCUCAGUGACUCUUACGCCAAGCUCGCUAAAUACGCUCCGCCAAUUAUCACCAAGUCCUCUGUCAGUGACAUUGGUACGCAAUUGGUUUCCUGGGGUAACUCGGCCAAGUCUAACAAGAAGUUGUCUGCCUCCAGCUUGCAAACCCUCAUGAAGAGUACUAACCAGCUCCAGAUUCUUACCCAGGGCUCUGUUCCUACUUGGUCUAUUGGUAUGAAGUACAGCAGUGCUGGCUUUGGUAAGAUCUUGGUUAACUACGGUAACAUUUGCCACCUGGGUAAGGUUUCGGCCACCAAUGUUGCUGCUAUCAACGGUGUUUUGCAACAGAUUAACUCUGCCAAGAUCUUUUAA